CAAGAGUAUUAGGAUUUUAGUAUCUUCAUGGCGGUAUAUGAGCAGUAGAUGCGGAAAAUCGGGGGGAGGUGGCGGUGGAGGGGGUGGAAAGGCAGUCACUUUGCAAAAUCUGAACCCUAACAUCAUAAAGUUGGAGUACGCAGUCAGAGGCCCACUGGUGAUCAGGGCUGCAGCUAUCGAGAAAGAACUACAGAGUGGUGCCCAAAAACCGUUUAAGAAAGUUAUUAGAGCCAAUAUUGGCGAUGCUCAUGCCAUGGGGCAGGAACCCAUCACUUUUAUAAGACAGGUUUUGGCAUGUGUUGUCUUGCCAGAAUUGAUAUCCAAAGAUCUUUUCCCUGAAGAUGUUCAGCAAAGAGCGUGUGACAUCCUGAGUAGUUGUGGAGGAAAGUCAAUUGGCUCGUACACGGUGUCCCAUGGCAUAGAACUUAUUCGCAAGCACGCCGCUGAAUACAUAGAGCGCCGCGACGGACAUAAAGCAAAUUGGGAGGACAUUGUAUUGACUGCUGGUGCUUCUUCAGCCAUAAAGUAUGUUCUCCAGCUGUUCUGUAACAAUAUUGGCGGGAAACCUUCAGGUAUCAUGAUUCCUAUCCCUCAAUAUCCUUUAUACUCAGCAUCACUGGCCGAAUUCGGUUUGGAGCCUGUCAGAUAUUAUUUAGAUGAAGACAAGAAUUGGGCACUUGAUGUGAAGGAGUUAGAGCGUUCUCUGAAUGAAGCCAAGUCUAAAGUCAACGUGCGCGCUUUGGUCGUCAUCAACCCUGGAAAUCCUACUGGUCAGGUAUUGACGAGAGAAAACAUAGAAGAACUUAUUAAGUUCUCACAUACCCACAACCUGUUAAUAUUUGCGGAUGAAGUCUACCAAGACAAUGUUUAUGCGGACGGCAGUAAGUUUUUCUCCUUUAAAAAGGUGAUGAAAGAAAUGGGUUCGCCGUACGAUAAACACGAAUUAGCUUCCUUCAUGUCGGUCAGCAAGGGCUACAUGGGGGAGUGUGGUCUCCGCGGAGGCUGGAUGGAGCUAUGCAACAUUGAUCCAGAGGUCCAGGCGAACAUGUACAAGGCUAUAUCGGCGAUGCUGUGCCCGACUACUCUCGGUCAGACCGCUGUCAGUUGUGUUGCAAAGCCACCAAAAGAAGGCGAUCCCUCUUAUGAACAAUGGAAACAAGAGAAAGACGCCGUGCUCGGCUCCCUGAACAAGCGAGCCAAGAUGAUAGCGGAGACAUUCAACAAAAUGGAGGGCUUCAAAUGUAAUAUCGUUCAGGGAGCUAUGUAUGCUUUCCCACGAUUCGAACUUCCGCCCAAAGCCGUAGAAGCCGCCAAGAGCGAUGGGAAGCCGCCUGAUACAUUUUACGCAUUCCAGCUUUUAGAAAAUACAGGGAUCUGCGUCAUCUCUGGCAGUGGUUUCGGUCAGCGCCCCGGCACCUACCAUUUUCGCACCACUAUCCUGCCACAACCCGAUUUACUGCAAGAAAUGCUGGACAGUUUCAGGAAAUUCCACAGCGAAUUCACCAAAAAGUAUUCAUAACUUUGAAUUAAGGUUGGCCAAGAGUGAAAAAUGUGCUAUCUUUUUGUGUGACGUCCAUUUUUUUGA